AGCAUUUACUGCACGAGGCUGAAAUCUACAGAGUUUAAGCCAGUCAUCACAGAUCUACACAGUAAUAGUUCACUGAAAGGCUUCUGCGUGAGCCGGAAGUGUAUGGGAAACGAGAACGAUGGUCCAAAAGAAUGCAUAUCUGGUAGUUGGCGGGGGAGGUUUCCUAGGCAGAAGGAUUGUAGAAAUGCUACUCGAUCAAAAAGACAGUGAAGUACACGUCUUCGAUGUUCGGCAGACCUUUUCGGAUCCACGAGUCAAAUCCUUUAUUACUGGGGAUAUUACAAAACCUUCCGAUGUAGUAGCCGCUUGCAAGGAUAAAAAUGUUGUGAUUCACACAGCAGCAGUGAUAGAAAACAUGCGAACACCUGUGUAUUGGAAGGUUAACGUGGAGGGAACUCGGAACGUUAUUGACGCGUGCGUUCAGAGUGGAGUAAGAAAGUUGGUCUAUACGAGUUCUGCCAGCGUGACAUAUAAUGGCCAAGACGUAAGAAAUGGGACGGAGAAGGAUCCGUAUUGUAAGGUGCACAUGGAUACCUAUAAUGAGACCAAGGCUGCGGCAGAAAGGCUGAUUCUCGAGGCAAAUGGAAAAGGCGGAUUGCUCACAGUAUCAUUACGACCUGCCGGCAUUUUUGGACCUGCUGACAACAAUGCCAGCAAAGGUUUAUAUGAAGCGGCAAAGAAAGGCAACUGGAAGUUCAUGAUUGGCGACAAUUCCUCUCUUUUUGAUUGGACAUAUGUUGACAAUGUUUCAUAUGCGCAUAUUUUGGCGGCGGAGAACUUGGAUCAACGGCCAGGGGUCGCUGGAGAGGCAUUCUAUAUCACAAAUGACACACCCGUUUUCUUUUGGGAUAUUCCCAAGUUUCUCUAUAACGAACUCGGUUACCGAAAUACCCUUAGAACGCGCAUCCCAAAGUCCAUUGGACUUGUUCUCGGCUCACUAGUGGACAUUGUCGUAGCCGUCCUUCGCCCUGUCAAAAAGAUCGAUCCAACAUUUAACAAAUUUAGAGUACAGGUUAUUACCAACAACCGUUACCUGGAUAUUUCAAAAGCGAAGAAUGUGUUGGGGUAUAAACCGAUUGUUAGUCUAGAGGAGGGCUUGAAGCGGACAGCAAAGUAUUGGAAGAAAGUGCAGGAGGCGGAGCAGAGUGCAAUUGGUAGCGCUAGAUAGUGGAUACCAACGUUAGCCUUUUAUGUAUCAUCACAUACUGUAUGUAUUAGCAAACAAAAUAAACGCCAAAAAAAAAGAUUUCAAUUAAGCAA